AUGACUUUUCACAAAAAGACCGGAUGGCUUAGGUACCUGUGGUAUGCUUUCUUGUUCGCAAGCCUGUCGACUGUGAUCAUAGUUGCGCUAGUGAAACAUGCACAUAAAAACAAGCAUCAGGGCGUUGGAUGGUCCAAAUCAAACCGACCCAAAGACUCUGGCUUCUGCGACUCUGCAUUGUGGACACACGAUCCAGACGGCGUUCCGCCGAUUGACGCUUUCCGCCACGUCUCCCAGGCAUCGUUCGAGUUCCCGGUCUCCGCGCAUCUAGUGUUCACCGCGGAGGGAGAGCCUGCUCUUGCACACGGUACGAUCGAGAUUGACGACUCGGGCGAAGCGGGCGCGGAUACUGUCAAUGUCGACAUCACGGCGUACUCCAAUAAUCUCAGGGAUCUGCUCGACGAGACGAAGGCGUGCCAACUGACUCCAACAAAAAAUCCUGUUCAUGGCGUUGGAAUCUAUACAAACAAGCAUCGACCGAACUUCGCUUAUUCAUACCAAAGGAUGGUGACAUGGCACAUUAAAGUGCGACUACCCGCCCCUUCGGGGAGGUCACCGAUCAACAUAACCGGUUUGAGCACACACAUGCCUAUGUUCGUGCAUCAUAUCGGAGACAUUGCACGCAGCGUGCAUUUCACUGCGCUGUCCUCGAAUUCUUUCGCGGUACCCAUUUCCGUCCAAUCUCUGGCAGCAGAGAGGGUGACAGUGGAAACAAUGGAUGGAACAAUUACGGGGACGUUCAAUGCAUCGCGCUCCCUCUCUCUGUUCACGACGAACGCACCCCUGAAAGUGGACGUUGGCAUGCUCAGCUCGCGCGACGAUGGUCUAUUUUCGACAGAUUUGUCCAUCCAGACAAUGAACGGGAAUGUUACGGUGUCUAUGCACGACAACGUGUAUGCUAACUGUGUCCUUUGCAAAGGCCCGUCACUGCGAACAUCAGCCUGCAUGCCACGACAGCUUCCGGCACGGGGGGGCGUGUUCGAGGUCGGUUUAAAGACAAGCAAUAGCUCAUUAACCAUAGCGAUGCUCGACGCGCCACCUGAUCACAUUCUCCGCAUGAACGCGCAGACAUGGGGCGCGUCAGCGAAUGUCGUACUGCCGAAGACGUAUGAAGGCGAGUAUCACCUCAGAUCCCCGCCCAUGGACAGUCCAGCCAUACAUGUCGCGGAUUUGGAGGAUCCCGCGGGCCGCGGACGUCGACGUGUUGUGGAGAAGCAUAACGUCAAGGGAGUCAUUGGAGGCACAAUUCAGUGGCUGCCUUCUAUUCGCAAUACCCACUCAGGGGUAGUCAAUAUCUGGGCGUCGAAGCUGGGCAUGAGUUUGUCUCUAUAG